GAGAGAGAGAGGAGUGUGUAAAGGAGGAGACUCUCAGUGACAGUGAUGCUAUUUAGUUGUGGAUCAAUUCUUGAAUAAACUCAUUUGACCUCAGACCGACCAGCAAAACACUACUCUGAGACUUUAUACUCUCUGAUUUCAUACGAGUCCCUCAGACACGCCGCGAGCGCUGGAAACUUCAGCACUGAUCUGAUACUCAACAGGUGUUUGAUAAUUUCGGAGGGAAUCUGCAGUGAUUUUGAGACUUGCAAACACAUCGAUGAUGGAUUUCCAGGCGGUUCUGGGUGAUUUCAUUCAGCUGUCAGCGCGGAGUGUUUUACUGUCGUUGCUGGUGUGUUUAAUGCUCAUGUUCUUGCGUCGAUCCGGACCUGGGCGGUUACCGGGUCCGUUCCCGUGGCCGGUCAUCGGUAACGCCGCUCAGCUCGGUACCUCUCCUCACUUUUACUUCACUCGCAUGGCUCAGAAAUACGGCGACGUGUUUCAGAUCAAACUGGGCAGCCGAAACGUGGUUGUUCUCAACGGAGACACAAUUAAAGAGGCGCUCAUUAAAAAAGGGGUCGAUUUCGCCGGCAGACCUGAUUUCGCUUCUUUCCGGUUCGUGUCCAAUGGGAAAAGCCUGGCGUUCAGUAACUACAGCCAGUGGUGGAAACUGCAUCGGAAGAUUGCACACAGCACCGUGAGAACUUUCUCCACAGCCAACAUUCACACCAAGGAGACGUUUGAGAAGCACAUCGUGAGCGAGAUAGGAGAGCUCAUCCGUUUGUUUCUGAAUAAAACCCGCGAGCAGCAGUACUUCGAACCUCACCGGUAUUUGGUGGUGUCGGUGGCGAACACCAUGAGCGCCGUGUGCUUCGGGAACCGAUACGCAUUUGAUGAUGAGGAGUUCCUACAGGUGGUGGGCAGAAAUGAUCAGUUCUCCAAGACAGUGGGAGCUGGAAGCAUCGUGGACGUGAUGCCCUGGCUGCGGUACUUCCCAAACCCAAUCAAAACUCUCUUUGACCAGUUUAAAGCGCUCAACAAGGAGUUUAACGAGUUCAUUCAUUCCAAAGUGGUGGAGCACCGCAAGACUCUUUUACUGAGCCUAAUCCGUGACAUGACUGAUGCGUUCAUCGUUGCUCUGGAUAAAGGGCUCUCAGGGGGGCCGGGGGUCUAUCUGGAUAAAGAGUACGUGCCAUCGACCAUCGCAGAUAUUUUUGGGGCAAGUCAAGACACUCUAUCUACGGCUCUACAGUGGAUCAUUCUGCUUCUAGUCAGGUAUCCAGAAGUCCAGAAACGUCUUCAGGAGGAUGUUGAUAAAGUAGCGGAUCGCAGUCGCCUUCCAACCAUUGCAGACCAGCCUCAUCUUCCAUAUGUCAUGGCUUUCAUCUACGAAGUCAUGCGAUUCACCUCGUUCGUCCCUGUAACCAUUCCCCACAGCACAACCACAGACACGUCCAUCAAUGGUUAUCCCAUCCCUAAAGAUACCGUCAUUUUCGUCAACCAGUGGUCUUUGAACCAUGACCCGACCAAAUGGGACCAACCAGAGGUAUUUAACCCACAGCGCUUCCUGGAUGAGGAUGGAACUCUCAACAAAGACUUAACCACCAAUGUGCUGAUCUUCUCUGUGGGGAAGCGUAGAUGCAUCGGAGAAGACCUGUCCAAGAUACAGCUUUUCCUCUUCACCUCCUUGCUGGUCCAUCAGUGUAGUUUUACAGCAGAAAGCACUCCCAGCAUGGACUAUUUGUAUGGGCUCACGCUUAAACCCAAAGCCUUUAAAGUGUCUGUCACACCCCGUGACAGCAUAGAACUGCUGCAGAGCUUGGUAGGAACAUCUCAAACUCCCACAGAAAAGAGAGAGAGACCUCAAGUUUGAAGUGAAAUCAAAGCAUGCAACUUAAAUACUUUGCCAAAUGAAGGUGGCAAGAAAACAAACACUGAAGAAUCUCUCAUAUGUGCAUUAUAUCAAUAUAUUUAUAGACAUCAUACUCAGGCAAAAACUUUUUUCUUUUUUUGGCUCAGAAUGAGCUACAGGAAUAAAAAUGAUGCACUGAUUUAUGGUCUAUUAUGCAAGAGUAGCAAAGCAGAAGCUACACAACAGGACACUGCAUGGCUUAUUCAGAGAAAUAAAAGUUUCUAAGAAUAUUAAGACAUUUAUUUUCAUAGCAUUAUUCAGUCAAGAAGCUUGAUACCAAUACUAGUUCUUCUAUAGCAGAUAUACAUUUAGUCUCCUUUACAGAAGAUUUGCCCUUCACUCUUUUAAUGCCAACAUUUUUAUUAAGUGUUUUACAGUCAACAUGAAAAGCUGUUCGCAACUUAUUUUACUUCCAUGAUGUAUUUCUGAAUGAAACGAGAUAUUCGAUGAGGAAAAAAAAUGUGGUGCAGUAAUUGUUUUUUCUAUUUGAAACUGACUCUGGAUCAUGAAAAAUCAUCAAGUCCAUUUUGAUAAAUGAUUACAGACAAAAUAUAUUUAUUUGGACUAAUAUGCAACACUCAAUCAUGCAUCCAAAAAAAUAGAUAGGAUUGAUUUAUAUUUUAUGUUGACUUCAGCAUAUAUUGUUAUUAUUUUAAAUGACUGCAUUGAGCUUAAAGUAAGGUUUUUUUGUUGUUGUUGCUUAGGAUACUUUAGCUCAAACUAGCACUAUGCUGCAUUGUUAACAUCCCUAUAUAAAGCUCAUAAAAUGAGAAAUUUGUACAGUAUAAUCUUACAGCACUUUAUUGUCUUUCUUGAUAUUUCCUGAUUCCCACUACAUCAUUGUUGAAGUCUGUGCCUUAUUAUAAUAGACUUCUUAGCAUUAAUCUAUAAUUAAAAUAAACAAAGUGGGUUAAAAGCAGUUCACUUCCAUUGUGUUCCAGCAACAUCCUUCCCAAUCAAAUAUUGUCUGGAGAUCCUCACAGUGGGUCACAGGAAGUCUCCAGUGAAACUAUUCUGGACAUCUAUAUCUAUUAUAAGUGGAAUGUGAUAUUUCAUAUCUGGCACGUGAUGUUGUGUAGGCAAAAGGAAAUACAUUUUGUGCCCCUCAGGUCCCCUAGUUAGGGAAAUCCUGAAGGGGAAAUUCAGGGUUUGUUAUAAUAUGUGUUAUGACUACAAUUUUGUGCUUGUUUCUUUCUGCAAUUUCGUUUUGAACUGUAAUAGCGAUGUUUGAUCUGCUGUAAUAUAUUUUUGGACUGUAAUAGCACUUGUUAAUAGACUGCUGAUCUGUAUUAGUAAUGAUAUGUAAGUUUGAUAUGUAGUUCCUAUUAUGUGUACCGGCAUAUAAUAUUAUAUUUUUCUACUUCAUAUAAGCUCUGACAUUUGGCUGCUCUGUAAAUUCUAAACUGCAUUCAGUUUACAGUUUUUGCAAUUAAAUGUAGUGGUUUAUAAUAUAUAUAAAACACUCAAUAAAUGUAUAAGUAAAACAUAAUAGAAUCACUCAGGCUUUCAUAAUAAAACAUGCAGUAUAACAUUCCA